AUGCCGCAAACACGCGGUGGCGCGCAGGAAGUGCGCAAGAAGCGCUGCGCAGGGACUGUGCCGCUGGUGGCAUUCAUCCCGACAGCCAGCGGGGCCGACCUUGGAAAGCCAGGCAACACUCCUGCUUCGGAAGGAGGACAGACAGGCUUGCAGGGGAGCUUCCUUUGUCCCCAAGAUGAGAAGGGCUCCUCCAAGAGCGCAGCGCGCUGCCCGCGUGAGGACAGCCAGCAGCAGCAGGGACAGACGUGCAGCUGGGCACGUUCAGGUCCACAGGAGCAGGUGCCGCCCCUCUCAGGAGGACCAGGGGACCAGCUCCGAAGAGCCAGCACGCUGCGGCUGCAGUGCUGCAGACACAGAGCGAACGAGGGGUUCUUCAUGAUCUUCUGCUUGAUGAGCCUCUCUGCUCUCGCUGGUGCCUGGUGCGGGAUCUCGCUGCUCAUGUGGCGGCUGCAUGGAAAGAAUGCGCCACAGGGGCAGCCUGCAGCUGACCUGAGUUCACUGUGGAACGCACCUGAUGUGUGGAAAGGACAAGCGGGAGAGAUGCAGAAGCUGAGGGAUGAGCUGACACAUCUGGCUGCAGAAAUCCGCUCUAUAAAGAAGGAAGUUCAGCAAAUGAGAGAGGCAAUAUCUGAGCCCGUGGAGGUGCCUGACUGGGCUCUCAAAAGCACAGGGUGUACCAUCAACCUGCAGAGAUCAUCCAGCACCUCUGCAUGUCUCAGGAGGGUGUUUUGGUCCCUGUUUAGACAAGCCUUUGAGGAUACCUUUGUGCAGCCUGAUGCUUCCCCAGGGUACUGCUGGAAAAUGCAACAGUCUCAGAGCGAAGUGCUAAUCCGACUGCCCACAGAAGUACAACCAACGGCCAUCACCUUACAGUACUGCUCAAAGACAGCCACUCCACUGGUGACUGUCAGUAGUGCACCCAAGGAUUUCACUGUCUCUGGACUGGAUGAGGAAGGCCAGGGCGAAACUCUGCUGGGGUCUUUCCUCUACAGCGUGCAGAAAGAGCCAACUCAGACCUUCCCUCUGCAGAAUGGCAUCCCCAGAGCCUUUCGACUUCUGAAACUCAGCAUACAGAACAACUGGGGUAAACCAACAUACACCUGCAUUUAUCGAGUGCAGGUGCAUGGGAAGAUGGUGGAGACAAAUGUGGUCGGAAAGACUGACGUGGAGACCUUCCCUCAGUAAGAAUUAAAGAGGAAAAUGGAGGAACACAC